CUGCUUCUUCCUGACUGCCAGCGACAAACCUGAGCCGGGUGUUUGGAAACUGCUGGGCAGGUGAUUGCGCUCCAAAUGAAGAUGUUUGAGAGCCUUGACUCUUCAGCUACAAAAUCUGGCCGUGAUCUCUGGGCCGAAAUCUGCUCUUGUCUGCCAAAUCCUGCCCAAGAAGAUGUUUCCAACAAUGCCUUCUCGGACUCCUUUAUGGAUUCCCAUCCUGCAGGUGAAGGCAGUAUGGCGGCAGCAGACUCUGCUGUCCAGCCAGCCUUAAAGCCCUGGGCUCCCUUGCAUGAUUCAGAAGUGUAUUUAGCAUCUCUAGAGAAGAAACUAAGAAGAAUCAAAGGUUUAAACGAGGAAGUAACUUCCAAGGACAUGCUUCGAACUCUGGCCCAAGCUAAGAAGGAAUGCUGGGAUCGAUUCCUCCAGGAGAAGUUAGCCUCAGAGUUUUUUGUGGAUGGACUUGAUUCCGAUGAGAGCACCUUGGAACAUUUCAAAAGGUGGCUUCAGCCAGAUAAAGUCGCCAUCAACACAGAGGAGGUCCAGUUUCUCAUCCCUCCUGAGUCGCAGGCCGAGAAGCCAGAGGCCAGGGACGAGCCAGCGGCAGCAGAACAAUAAAUUACACACACAUACGCCAAGCAGCUGUCUGGGGCCCAGGGGGAACAGUGGAGAGCUUGACAGCACGGCCGCAAGGAGAAAUCCAGGGAGGGGGAAAAGCCCAGAUUUCCACUGCGCAAAGCAAACAGCUGCUGGCCCCUGGGGACUUGCUUAGAGCUGCCAUGUGUGACUGUCCUGGAUGAAGUGAGGGACCCAGUGUGCGCUGGAUCAAAACACUGCUGUCCUUCAUGUCUUACAGCUUGACCGCACGCUGCUGCUGCUGCUGCUGCUGCUGCUGCUGCUGCUGCUGCUGCUGCUGCUGCUGCUGCUGCUGCAGGUUAGAGGUCUGUAAGGACCCAGUGAAGAGCAAAGCAUGAAAGUGCAUGGAGACGCUGGAGCCCUUGUAUAUAAUGGAUCAGUCCAGCGAGCUGUGUUUUCUUUCCCUUCUGGAUUUUCAUGCCUGUGUCUCAGGCAUUCCAUAGUUAAGUAGUCAGGAACAAGUGUAGCCAAGGAGAGUGAAGUCAGUCUCCUUGAGUCUAAGCCCUUGCUGGGCGUGCUUUCUUACAUACUCGUUGUAAAAGGAGGGACUCUCUGGAACCCGGCUUUUCCUUUUGAUUUGUUCCUUUUGUCAAAAAAUGGGGAGAAAAAGUGUAAAACCGUGGGUGUUUAUAUCUGUGUAGAUAUAUCUUUUAUUUCAUGGCUUCUCCCCCAGCUUCUCCAUGUAGGAACUUUACACGUUCCAAAUUAGACUUGUAAAUAUGGUUUAGUGUUUGACACAACUCUUGAUUAAUUCUAAACUUGCUCCCUGUGGCGAGCUCCCCGACUGAGCUUGCAUUUACUCCUUGUUUAUUGUGUUGUUCAUGUAAAGUUUGAGUUGCCUAUGUAAAACUUUCUCAUUGAAACAACGGUAUAGUGUGGGGGGUGCCAUUGACCCCUCACAUGAAUGAGGGAAGUAAAAACAAAGGUAUGCCAAGGCAGGGAGCCAGCAACCUUUCCCAGCCUGAUGUGCAUAGCAAGUUCCUGGAUAGCCAGGGAUACAUAGAUAGACCCCCAUCUCACAAAAGGAAAAGAUUGGGGGCUAGAGAGAUGGCUCAGCCGCACUGGCUGCUCUUGCAGAGGUCCUGAGUUCAAUUCCCAGCAACCACAUGGUGGCUCACAACCAUCUGUAAUGGGAUCUGAUGCCCUCUUCUGGCACACAGGUGUAAAUGCAGGUAGAACAUUCAUAUACAUAAAAUAAAUAAAAAAGUAUUUUCUUAUUUCAUUAUUUAUUUUACUUAUGUCUAUGUAUGUUUACCUGUGUGAGUUUAUGUAUACUAUGUAUGAGCAAGAGCCCAUGGUCACCAGAAGAGGAUGUCAGAUCCUUUGCAACUGAAGUUACAAGUGGUUGUAAGAUGCCACGUGGAUGCUGGGUGGACCCAGGUUUUCUGCAAGGGCAAUAAAUGCUUUUAACUGCUGACGUGUCUCUCCAGUCCCAGGUCUCUUGUUUUUAACAUGUUUCUGACAGUUUACACUGAAAUGUUCUGUGGUAAGAUUCUGGGGCUGUGGCUCCUGGGUGACAGUGUCCAAAUCCAUAAUGAUAAGAAGUAUGCUUAAAACUUUUUAGAGAGGGGGCUGGAGAGAUGGCUCAGUGGUUAAAAGCACCAACUGCUCUUCCAGAGGUCCUGAGUUCAAAUUCCAGCAACCACAUGGUGGCUCACAACCAUCUAUAUGCCCUCUUCUGGUGUGUCUGAAGACAGCAACAGUGUGCUCACACAAAAUAAAUAAAUUAAAAAAAAAAA